AUGGACGGCGACGAGAAAAAUGCUACAAUAAACUCGCCAGCAGCCGACAUGGUGGUGGUGAUGGUGCCCUUCGUAGCUCAUGGUCAUCUCAACCAGCUCCUACACCUUUCCCGCCUUAUAUCCACCUACAAAAUCCCCAUCCACUUCGUAACCACCACCACCCACAUCCGCCAAGUGCGCUCCCGCUUCCACGAUUUGACUCAUUUCAGUACACACGCCGCCGCCUCCUACCUCAUCCACUUCCAUGAAUUGCCAACCCCUCCCUUCACUUCUCCUCACCCCAACCCUUCCAGCCGUUUUCCUUCUCACCUACAACCUGCCUUCGAAUCAACCCUCCAUCUCCGCCGCCCAGUCGCCGACCUCAUAUUAUCUCUCUCUAGCUCCACCCCUAGAGUCACCGUUAUCCAUGACUUCUUGAUGUCCUACGUGGUUCAAGACGUGAAAGCGAUACCAAAUGCCGAGACUUACAUCUUCAGACCCCUCUCCGCUUUCCACACCUUCUGCUGGCAAACCGGCGAGAGACUUAAAAGACCGUUCCCCAUAGACCCGGUAACGCUAAAACGGCUCCCGUCUAAUGAUGGAUCUUUCGCGCCGGAGUUUAUUGAAUUCAUUAAACAACAGUUACCCCAUGUCGGUUUUCAUGUCGGAGAGUUAUACGAUUCAUCAAGAAGCAUUGAAGGUGAAUAUCUUGAAUAUUUAGAGAGAGAAGGUCUGAAAGUCAAUAAGAAGCUUUGGGCAAUAGGGCCGUUUAAUCAUGUUGACAAAACUUCUUUUACCGUUUCAAAAAACCAUCACAAAUGCUUGCAAUGGCUUGACCUGCAGCCUCCUACCUCCGUCGUUUAUGUGUCUUUUGGGACAACAACCUCCUUCACCGACGAACAAAUUACAGAGCUGGCUAUUGGGUUAGAGAGAAGCCAGCAGAGGUUUAUCUGGGUGGCACGAGCGUCUGACAAAGGGGAUGUGUUUGGCGAUGAGGCUAAAGUGGUGGAUUUGCCGGAAGGAUUUGAAGAGAGGGUGGAAGGGCGGGGAAUGGUGCUGCGGGGGUGGGCUCCACAGACGGAGAUUUUGGGUCAUGUUGCAACCGGUGGGUUCAUGACUCAUUGUGGAUGGAACUCAUGUACAGAGAGUAUAUCAAGGGGGAUACCAAUGGCUACUUGGCCAAUGCAUUCUGAUCAACCACGAAACGCGCUUUUGAUAACUGAUGUUCUUAGAAUUGGGUUGGUGGUGAACGAUUGGGAACAUAGAGAUGAGUUGGUGAAGUCGGUGGUGGUGGAGGAUGUUGUUAGGAGAUUAAUGGAUUCCAAGGAAGGGGAGGAGGUGAGGAAGAGAGCGGUGGAAUUGGCGGAUACAGUGAAGAAGUCGGUGGCGGAGGGUGGUGAAACUAGUAAGGAGACUGAUUCAUUCAUUUCCUAUAUAAGCAGGCAUGCAUAUGGAUAG